GCAAAAAACGGGCAAAGCAUGAAUGAACCGUUUGAAUUCUUUUAGGCCGCAAAUGUUGCUUCUUGCUCAGAUAUUCUUGUUUUGUGAAUGAUUACUUAGCCCCUGUUUUGAAGAAAGUGGAUGGAUGCAUGCUUUAAUGAGAAUAUGUGUCUUUCACUUUGGAUUCCUAAUUAGGUUUUCCUCCCACCGUUUUGAGUCAUGCUAUGAAUGCCGUCCCUCCUUUUUCCCUCCACGGGAAGAAAUUAUUGAGGCCUUCUGCGUGACCAUAAAUUCCAAAGCCUUUCGAAAUGGAGUGUGUAUGUGUUUCCGAUUUUCUCUUUCAUUCUUGGAAACUCGCUUCAGGGACGUUAAAAAAUGCAAUACUGUUGCUUGGUGUGACUUUUCUACACUGCAUGCUGCUUUCAUUCCUACCUUGGAAUUACUGGGGGUGGGGGUGUGCUUUCAAAAGGAAUGGGGAUGUGUACCCUGCUGCAGGAAGCACCUUCAGGAGAUUCCGGACCAAAGUAGCAACGUCAGCACCAGCUUCACGUGGGGAUGGGACUCCAACAAGACUUCUGAACUGCUAUCAGGCAUGGGUGUCUCUGCCUUGGAGAAGGAGGAGGUGGACAGUGAGAACAUUCCACAUGGACUGCUCUCAAACCUCGGCCACCCCCAGAGCCCUCCAAGGAAACGGCUAAAAAGCAAGGGCAGCGACAAAGACUUUGUGAUCAUCCGCAGGCCUAAGCUCAAUCGAGAGAACUUUCCAGGUGUUUCCUGGGACUCGCUUCCAGAUGAGCUGCUCCUUGGAAUCUUCUCCUGCCUGUGCCUCCCUGAGCUGCUGAGAGUCUCUGGAGUCUGCAAGAGGUGGUACCGCCUCUCGCUCGAUGAGUCUCUCUGGCAGUCCCUCGACCUCGCAGGUAAAAAUCUGCACCCGGAUGUGACCGUCCGCUUGCUUUCUCGAGGGGUGAUUGCCUUCCGCUGCCCACGAUCGUUUAUGGAGCAACCGUUGGGUGAAAGUUUCAGCUCUUUCCGCGUACAGCACAUGGACCUGUCGAACUCAGUGAUAAAUGUGUCAAACCUCCAUGGGAUUCUGUCUGAGUGCUCCAAGCUGCAGAAUCUAAGCCUGGAAGGCCUGCAACUUUCGGAUCCCAUUGUCAAUACUCUCGCACAGAAUGAAAACUUGCUGCGACUAAACCUUUGUGGGUGCUCUGGAUUUUCUGAAUCCGCUGUGGCCACGCUGCUAAGCAGCUGUUGCAGACUGGAUGAACUGAAUCUCUCCUGGUGCUUUGAGUUUACUGAAAAACAUGUGCAAGCAGCCGUGGCACAUUUAUCAGCGACCAUCACCCAGCUCAACCUCAGUGGCUACCGAAAGAACCUCCAGAAAACAGAUCUUUGUACCUUAAUUAAACGGUGCCCCAACCUUGUCCGCCUCGACUUAAGUGACAGUAUCAUGCUAAAGAAUGACUGCUUUCCAGAAUUUUUUCAACUCAACUACCUCCAACACCUCUCACUCAGCCGGUGCUAUGAUAUAAUACCUGAAACUCUACUUGAACUUGGGGAAAUUCCCACACUAAAAACACUGCAAGUUUUUGGGAUCGUGCCGGAUGGUACCCUUCAGCUGCUGAGAGAAGCCCUUCCUCAUCUUCAGAUUAAUUGUGCCUACUUCACUACCAUUGCGAGGCCAACUAUGGACAGCAAAAAGAACCCGGAGAUUUGGGGUAUCAAGUGCCGACUGACUCUGCAAAAGCCCAGUUGUGUCUGAAGUGCUUGCUGCAGGGUGGUGUCUCCUCUUCCUCCUCCUCCAGAAUGAGGAACAUGGGCAGCAAAUCCAGUUGCUGGAGAGCUUGGUUACCUUUCCUAUUGGUUUUACCUUAGCCUUCAUUAUGCAUGUAUGUUAGGGGGCCAUUUGCAAGGGAGAGCUCUGAAGUGUUGCUUUUUUAAGAAUAUAGAGACAAUUCCGUCAGUGCUGUGCCCUCAGAGGCUAUGUGUUAGGUCUUUGGAAAUUUUAGGUGAACCCGUUAUUUCAAAAUAGCUUUUUAAAGCAAAAUUUGAGCCAACUCUUCCAAGUGCCCUUCAGAUUAAGUCUAUUUAGAAUCACAUUUUUUAAAUUACCCCGUCUAACAGUUUUCAUGGUGUUUGUCAUAACUUUUUAUCUAUUUAAUUAUUCAGUAUUUUAUAAAACUUGAUUUUGAAGAACAAUAAGCUAUAUGUGGUGAGCUAAAUGGAAAGACUCACAGGCUGGUAGCGUUUGAGGCAAUCUCUUCUGGGAAUUAACACAUUUCGGCUUUGUGUGCAGGCGUGAAGUUAGUUUAAUAGAAGCAUAGUCCUGCAUAGUGUACCUUGAACUCUAAAUGAGAAACAGACACAACCCGAAGGACAGAAUUGGAUUUGAAGCCUCAAAAGGCUGUUUCCCAAAGUCAGGUUAAUAUGAAGUAGGCUUUAAUGCUUUUAGGUAUUAUAUGCUAUGUUCCCAGAAUCCUAAAUUAGGUGAGGAAAUCUAAUUGUGCUUUUUUAACUUUAUAAUCAAUGUAUGUUAUGUGGAUUGUUUAGCUUUUAAAAUUACUUGCUUUGUUUUUAGACCUAUGGUAUAAUUCUAAUCAGCAUUCUUGAGAAGUCGGAUAGAAUUCUGAGCUGAUCUUGUUUGCUGUUUCUUCCUUUAGUGGUGCAGUUAUUUUUAUAUUACUCUGAAAUCAAGGACUUGAAACUCUUUUAAGUGGUCUUUCACAACGAUGGCUUGAAACUGCCCAUUAGGUUACUGGAUCUAAAGUCCUUAGGUAGAACCGCUGGCUUCUCUCCAUCAGAAAUGCACGAGAAGCAGGUGUGGGCAGCUUCCGAGCGGCCGGCACCAUGUACGUGCACGUCACCUAAGUUUUUAAGACUCACUGGGCAUUAAACCUUUUAAUAACAGAUGCAUUUUUUAACAUCUGAUAGACAGAAGCAAAAAGAUCAAAUUGUGUUUCUCAGAAAAUGAAAAAAAUCAAUGCAGUUACCUCUUUUGACUACGACAGAGCCGCAAUACAUUUCUAUUAACUUUUUCAUCAAAAAUUUUACUGUUACAACAAUAAUAUGAAGUGCCUUUAUCUAGCUGCUCAGACCGAAAGAGCAGUUUAAAAAGUGUAACACCGGAACCAUCAUGCUACAGUUCCCAAGUAGUUAAAGUGCUAACUACGACUUGAAACUAUUGUUUACAGAUUAGUGAUGGGCUGACGGUGGGCUCCGGGUGGACUCUGGCCUCCAGCUGCCCCAAACAUGCAGUUCCUGUUCUUCCUUACUCAAGUCCAGCUGGGAGCUAUUUUUGCCAACACGUCGCAGUAAUCUGUAUUUUUGUAUGUGAUUUCUACUUUUAUAGACGCAUUUUAAAAUAAAAUACAUUUUUA